UUUUAUAACGGCCUCUCGCUGACUUCUUCCACCGGCUUCGAUCCAAUGCUGCGCAUAUGUCGCUUCAUCAAUACACCUUCCAAUCAAACAUCUUUCAAUGGAUUGAGCCCUGCCACAUUCCACGUGUCGUUACAUGAAUGGUCUCAUUGAUCCAUGUUCCGUAGAGCUCUGGCCAGUGAACACAUUAAUGAUCUUCCAAAUGGGUCCCACGUGUUGACCAUAUCCACGUGACCAUGACCGUCCUCACCGUCCCCGAUCAGAUCCGUUGGAGUCGGUUCCUUUCCUCCUUUCGUUCUUUGGCACUUUCUCUCUCUAAAUCAACCAUUCAUUUCGUGUUGCUUCCUUCUUUCGUUCUUCUGCGCUUUCUCUCCCUAAAUCAACCAUUCGCUUGCUGUUGCUUUCUCUCUCUCUCUCUACGUCUCUCUCUGCAAUGGAUUGCAAACCCUAAGGAGAAGUUUGCGGAGGAGGCCAUUCUGGUGAUGCGAAGGAGCGUCCAUUACUGCCGCCUAACCAUGGACAGCAAUGGCGGGGUUGUUAUCUAGUGCAGCCUUGAGCAUUCUCAUUUUCGUGUGCCUGCAAUCGGGUUUCAUGGCGAAUAACUGUUAUCUUGUGAAUUCUGAGUAGUGUAAUUGAGGGACUGGGUUUCUUCCUUAUUAUGUCUGACUUGGUGGCCCGUACGGGUCGGCUUCAGCAGCGGUACGAGGGUGGUUUUCGCCUUGUUGCCGGAUGUAUUCCAUUCAGGUAUAGAAUUUCUGAUAACAGUGGGGAGUCCGGUUCAGAGAAGAUUAUUGAAGUUCUCAUGAUUAGCUCACAAAGCGGACCAGGUCUUCUUUUUCCGAAGGGAGGUUGGGAGAAUGAUGAAACUGUUGAAGAGGCAGCUGUAAGAGAAGCUAUUGAAGAGGCAGGUGUUCGAGGAGAACUAAAGGAUUUUCUGGGGUACUAUGAAUUUAGGAGUAAGACGCAUCAGGAUGAAUUCAGUCCAGAAGGUUUAUGUAAAGCAGCGAUGUUUGCUUUGUUUGUCAAGGAAGAACUUGAGUCAUGGCCUGAGCAAAGUACCAGAAACAGGAGUUGGCUGACCGUGCCGGAGGCUUUUGAAAGAUGCAGACAUGAAUGGAUGAGGGUUGCUCUUGAUUCUUUUUCCAAAUGGCAUCAGGAUUAUUGGUGAGUUUCGCGAGGGGCAGUUUCCUGUGGUAAAAAUGAUUGAUUUGUUGUCAACUGAUCUAUAGGGCACCUGGAUCUUCCCUGAUUCUUUUUGUUUGAAAAAAAUAGUUGUGGGAUAACAUUAGACACAAUCUACUGUUCAAGUCUCUGUGAAUUGAUAUCUUCAGAAUAAUUCGUAAGAGUUAAUUCUGAAAUAUUCUGAAUUGAAGUACUAGUUAAUAUGAUUUACUUUGUA